CGGCAGGGGGAGCAGGGACCGAGGCGGAGCGGUGCUGCCUCCGGGGCCGGUGGUGGGGAGCGCGGCCGGCGGUGGGAGCCCUUCUGGGGCAUUGCCCGACCCCACCCCCGAAAGUCCACCGAGCCUUUCCGAGCUGGCGGUCGUAUUCCCCGAAGACGGAGAAAAGAGGAACCCGCUGUGCUGUCAGCCGUAUCGCCCAGGGUGCUGAAAUCCGAACUGCUGCCCCCGCGCCCCUCCCGCCCCCCCGGCUCGCAGCCGCUGGAGGGUUUUCUCGCCCGGGAGCGUGAGGUGCGUUUCGGUCGCUGAGCCCUGGCUGCGGGAGGGCAGCCUGUGGCUCCGAAGCGUUUUUGGAGGGGUUUUGUGACACUUGGGCAAGUGAAGUUUGCUCUGCCUCUUCCUCCGCUGAGAGCAGAAGAGAAACGGCGUGAAGGACACCGGCAGUUGUCUGAGAAACGUGUUUUUUUCGGUGGGAUUUUCCUGCGGAUCCUACAAGAAGCAAGACCUUACUGUAUUAGUUUCUGCACAAACGUUAAACAGAGGCAGUACCUGAUUACAGAGGGAUGGUGACUAAAAGGUGCUUUUCCCACAUGAGUGCUAGAAGUUAAAAGAAGUGACUGCUGGGAGGAUAGCAUGACCACCAUGAAAGAAAACUGCCUCCUUGCACUGCUGUUGGCAGGACUUGGGGUAUUAGGAAUACUGGAGCCAACAGCAACAGAAGAUACCCACUGCCACAGAGCUGAGCACCCAGUCAUUGCAUAUAAAGAAAUUGCCCCUUGGUUGCAUGUGUUCAGAGCAGAAGAUGCUGUGGACUUCUCACAGCUGACAUUUGACCCAGGACAAAAAGAGCUUAUUGCUGGAGCAAGAAACUACCUCUUCAGGUUGCAGCUUGAGGAUCUCUCUCUAAUACAGGCAGUGGAAUGGCAAUGUGAUGAAGCUACUAAAAGAGCCUGUUACAGUAAAGGCAAAUCAAAGGAGGAAUGCCAGAACUACAUCCGAGUGCUUCUUGUUGGAGGCAACCAUCUCUUCACCUGUGGAACCAACGCGUUCACUCCCAUCUGCACCAAUCGGACGUUAAGUAAUUUGACAGAGAUACAUGAAAAAAUCAGUGGCAUGGCUCGUUGUCCUUACAGUCCUCAGCACAACUCCACUGCUCUUCUCACCUCCAGUGGGGAAUUAUAUGCUGCUACAGCCAUGGAUUUUCCAGGAAGGGAUCCUGCUAUUUAUCGCAGCCUGGGGGCUCUUCCUCCUCUCCGCACUGCCCAGUACAACUCCAAGUGGCUGAAUGAGCCAAAUUUUGUGUCAUCUUAUGACAUUGGGAACUUUACCUACUUCUUCUUCCGGGAGAAUGCAGUGGAACAUGACUGUGGCAAAACAGUCUUCUCCCGUGCUGCUCGGGUGUGCAAAAAUGAUAUUGGUGGCAAGUUUGUGCUAGAGGAUACUUGGACCACCUUCAUGAAAGCCCGACUCAACUGCUCUCGCCCAGGAGAAAUUCCAUUUUACUAUAAUGAACUACAGAGCACUUUCUUCCUGCCAGAAUUGGACUUGAUCUAUGGGAUUUUUACCACUAAUGUGAACAGCAUAGCAGCCUCAGCAGUUUGCGUUUUCAAUUUGAGUGCUGUAACUCAGGCCUUUAAUGGACCCUUCAAAUACCAGGAAAACUCACGGUCUGCUUGGCUUCCAUAUCCAAAUCCUAACCCUAAUUUUCAGUGUGGCACCAUGGACCAGGGUUUGUAUGUAAAUCUGACUGAGAGGAAUCUUCAAGAUGCUCAAAAAUUCUUCCUAAUGCAUGAAGUCAUUCAACCAGUUACUCCAAUUCCUUACUUCAUGGAAGACAACAGCCGAUUUUCCCAUGUGGUUGUGGAUGUUGUUCAGGGCAAGGACAUGCUUUUCCAUAUCAUCUAUCUUGCUACGGACUAUGGCACUAUUAAGAAAGUUCUUGCCCCAGUGAACCAGACUUCAAGCAGCUGCCUGCUUGAGGAGAUUGAACUCCUGCCGAAAAGUCAACGAGAGCCCAUCAGGAGCCUUCAGAUACUGCACAGUCAGAGUGUCCUUUUUGUGGGCCUUCAGGAGCAUGUCAUCAAGGUCCCCCUGAAGAGAUGUCUCUUUUACAAAACAUACAGUGCAUGCAUUGGAUCCCAAGACCCUUAUUGUGGCUGGGACAUGGUUAUGAAGAAAUGCACAACCCUCGAAGAAAGUCUGAGCAUGAGUCAGUGGGAGCAAAGCAUUACUGUGUGUCCAAUGAGGAAUCUGACAGUGGAUGGGCAUUUUGGAACGUGGUCGCAGUGGAAGCCUUGCACCCACAAUGAUGGUGCCAGUGUUGGCUCCUGCCUCUGCAGGACACGUGUGUGUGACAGUCCUGCUCCUCAGUGUGGAGGCUGGCUGUGUGAGGGACCAACCAUGGAGAUUGCAAACUGUUCCAGAAAUGGAGGCUGGACACCAUGGACUUCUUGGUCACCUUGUAGUACCACCUGUGGGAUAGGCUUUCAAGUUCGUCAGCGUUCCUGCAGCAAUCCAACCCCUCGGCAUGGAGGUCGUGUCUGUGUGGGGCAGAAUCGUGAGGAGAGGUACUGCAAUGAGCACUUGUUGUGCCCCCCUCACGUGUUUUGGACAGGCUGGGGGCCAUGGGAGCGCUGCACUGCUCAGUGUGGAGGAGGGAUCCAGGCACGGCGUAGGACGUGUGAAAAUGGUCCUGACUGUCCUGGCUGCAGUGUGGAAUAUCAGCCUUGUAACACCAACGCCUGUCCAGAGUUAAAAAAGACAACUCCUUGGACACCUUGGACCCCAGUCAAUAUUUCAGACAACGGUGGCCACUACGAACAGCGUUUCCGAUACACCUGCAAAGCGCGCUUGCCCGACCCAAAUCUGCUGGAGGUUGGAAGGCAAAGGAUUGAAAUGCGGUACUGCUCCAGCGAUGGCACCAGUGGCUGCUCAACAGAUGGAUUAUCAGGGGACUUCUUGCGUUCUGGCCGAUACUCUGCUCAUACCAUCAAUGGUGCCUGGUCACCCUGGUCUCCAUGGUCUCAGUGCAGCCGUGACUGCAGUAGAGGGAUCCGGAAUCGCAAACGGGUCUGCAGCAAUCCUGAGCCCAAGUACGGAGGACUCCCUUGCCUCGGCCCCUCUUUAGAGUAUCAGGAAUGCAACAUUUUGCCUUGUCCAGUGGAUGGAGGCUGGUCUUGUUGGUCCUCUUGGUCAAAGUGCUCAGCAACUUGUGGAGGAGGGCAUUAUAUGAGAACCCGUUCCUGCACAAACCCAGCACCAGCAUAUGGAGGAGAUAUCUGCCUUGGGCUGCACACUGAAGAAGCACUCUGCAACACACAGCCGUGUCCAGACAGCUGGUCCGAGUGGUCUGAGUGGUCCGAGUGUGACUCCUCUGGCCUGCAGCUGCGUGUCCGUCAGUGCAUCAUUUUGUUUCCUGUGGGCAGCCAGUGCACAGGUAACACCACAGAGAGCAGAGCCUGUGCUUUGGACUCCAACUUUAUACCAGAAAUAUCAGUGGCACGAUCCAGUAGCAUAGAAGAAAAACGAUGUGGCGAGUUCAACAUGUUUCACAUGAUUGCAGUGGGAUUAAGUAGCUCAAUACUUGGUUGCCUUCUUACCCUGCUUGUUUACACUUACUGCCAACGCUACCAACAACAGUCCCACGAUGCGACUGUCAUCCAUCCCGUGUCACCAGCUCCUCUAAAUACCAGCAUCACCAACCAUAUCAACAAACUGGACAAAUAUGAUUCUGUAGAAGCCAUCAAGGCAUUUAACAAAAACAACCUGAUUCUGGAGGAGAGAAACAAAUACUUCAAUCCACAUCUUACAGCAAAGACUUAUUCUAACACCUAUUUUACAGAUUUCAAUAAUUAUGAUGAAUACUAACGGGCUUGUGUAUUUUCUGGCCUCCUGUAACCCCCCAAUCCCCAAGGCCUGUGCUACUUGACUGCUCAUGUGAUUGAGGCUUCAGAGAUGAAGUUCAGAGACAUUUCAAGCACAAUCCAAGCCAUCAAUGUCCCAUUGCUGCCAAAAGCCCAAAACACUUAUUUGUGACAUGAUGUUUUCUUUGCAGAGUGCAAGGUUUGCCUUCAGUGUCAGGUGCAGCUGUAGCCUUUUAGUGUUGCUGGAUCACUCACAAGGUCUCCAUCACUUCACUCAGUUUCCUAACCUUCCAGUCAUAUUUCUCUAAUGAGUGACUACUUAAUUUCUGAGCUUUAAAAAAAAAAAUGUUACCCCUUAAGGCUGCCCCAGGAGUACAAAUUUGAUUUUCUUUUUAGGCCUUGUUUUUUAUUUCCAUGAGGUUUGAAAAAGGAGCUGUGCUGUUAGCCCGUGGAGCCUUCUGUGCAGCCUCCUGAAGCUCACACCCCCAAAGUACCUCAUCAGGGUGCUUGGAACAAUGACAAGAAAUAUGGUGGUUUAGUGAUGCUCUGCAGCAGCUCCAGGCUCUGUAGGGCUGAUCCUCCAGGGGCUGUAAAUUACUUCCACUGAAGUUUAGCUGUUCAGACUGAGGAGACUAAGGCUUUAACAAGGGACAAGAUCUUGUAAUUAACCCAGCAAGCUACCAAAUUGGUGGUUUCCAGUUGCAACCCAAGUCCAGUCACAUAAAUCCUUCACCCACUUUGGUUUAAUUUCUGGAAGGAUGUGGAACGACCUGUCCCACAGGGAGCUGAGGGAGGAGCACAGGCAGGAGGGGCACACUGGAAGGUCUUUCUGCAUGUCAUUAGGAAACCAACCUUGCUGUGACAUGCAACAGUCAUGGGGUCCCACAACUUCCACCACCUGGUGCUCACGUACGGGAACUCACCCGGCUCUGCUGUAGCACUUGCCGUCAGGCCACUCACAGAAAGAUACAACUGCACUGCAUUUUGUGUGCCUUCUCAGGCUCUCGGGGGUACGUAAGCAUUAAUCAUAGAGCUGCUUUUCUCUUUCUGGCUUUUACUUUAUAUGCACGUAUCUGAUAAACAAAGCUGGCUCAGAAAACGCGGAUGUAUUUGCGAAGCAUUGUCUCAUCUUGCUGCCGUGUCUGACCCAUGCUAGUCAAGAACAUUCUCCCAGUGUUUUAAGUGAUUAUCUUGUUGGAUUUCAUUGAUGUAAAUAUUUAAAAUGCUGUCUGAGUUUUUAAGUUAUCAGUUUUAAUUUCUUUUGUACUGGCAGGUGAGGAAACACAAAGGACUUUUGUACCAUUUUUCUUUGUCUGUCUUCACCCACAUUCAUGACACUAUUAUUUUUUUAUCUGAAAUUAUAGAUGAAUAACUAAAAAAGAAAGAAAAAAAAAGAAAACAAAAAAGAAAAAAAAAAAGACAGAUUUUGGCCAGAUUUUCCAUAGUACUUAGUAAUAAGGCAGCAUUUGCUAUUCUGAGAAGCUUGUGAAAAUAAAGUAAAAGUUAAUAUU